AUGGAGAACAUCAAAGUUCUCCAGGCUUCCAUAAAUGCGAACAGCUGUGGCCUAGUAACCCAGACAGGCCACCAAGUUCCUUUGAAGAGUGUGGAGGUGGAGGUGCAGGUGAAGGGGCAUGUUGCCACGGUAACAUCCACCCUGCAGUACGUGAAUGAGGAGGAGCUUCCGGUGGAGGCCCUGUUUGUGUUCCCGUUACCUGCAGAAGCAGCUCUCUGUCACUUCAGCGCCAAGAUCGCCAAUCAGGAGGUGGUGGCCAAGGUGCAGGAGAAACAGAAGGCACGGGACGAGUAUGAUGAUGCGAUAAGUUCAGGUCAGCAGGCAUUUCUAUUGGAGGAGAGCGAUGCAAGCCCAGAUAUUUUUCGGCUGGCUGUGGGGAACCUGCCUCCUAAAGAAAGCGCUGCUGUGACUCUCAUCUAUGUUAUUGAGCUGGCUGUGCAGCCGGAUGAUGGCCUGCGCUUCUGUCUGCCAGCUGUGCUCAACCCACGUUAUGCACCCAGCAACAUCGAUACAAAUAAUGUGCCCAAGGUGAAAUCUGUUCCUGCAUGUAAGGUGCCUUAUACUUUGACCCUUAGUGUCCAUAUCAUCUCUCCCAUCCCUGUUUCAAGAGUAGAGUCCAGCUGCUCUCUGGAACCCCUGACUUACCUCAACACAGCUCACACUCAGGCAAAGGUGAGUCUCUCUCCAGGACACAAGUUCGACAGGGAUGUGGAGAUGUUGCUUUAUUACCAGGAUGCCCAUCAGCCCACUGCUAUAGUGGAGGCGGGAGUUCCGAACGGCAAACCAGGUUCUCUGAUGGGCGACUCUGUGGUCAUGCUAAGUCUGUAUCCAGAAUUCCCUCCAGAGGUGGCAAAUACUUUUGGGAACCGUGGCGAGUUUAUUUUCCUAAUGGAUCAGUCUGGCAGUAUGGGCGGUUCCUCCAUCAGGAGCGCCCGGGAAACUCUUCUCCUGCUGCUGAAGAGUCUUCCCCUGGGCUGCUACUUCAACAUCUAUGGCUUUGGCUCUGACUUCAAGUACUUUUUCUAUAAGAGUGUGAAAUACACUCAGCAGACGAUGGAGGAGGCGAUGAAGAAAGUGGAGGCUAUGCAGGCGGACAUGGGUGGAACAGAGAUUCUGAAACCACUGCAGCACAUCUAUAGCCAAAACAAUCUUCCAGAUCACCCCAAACAGGUGUUUGUUUUCACUGAUGGAGGUGUCUUUAACACCAAAGAGAUCCUGGACCUGGUCAGAACUCACUCUAGAUCCAGCAGGUGCUUCACCUUUGGCAUUGGUCAGGGAGCCAGCACUGCACUGAUCACAGGAAUGGCUAAAGAAGGACGCGGCAUUGCCCAGUUCAUCACAAGCAAUGACCGACUGCAGCUCAAAGUGAUGCAGUCCCUCAGCUUCGCCCUGCAGCCCGCUGUUGUUGACAUCUCUGUGAAAUGGACCCUUCCAGAGGGCAUGUCUGUCACUACUUUGUCUCCUCCCCUCAAUGUUCUCUUUCAGGGUCAGAGGGCACUACUGUACGCUCAGCUCACAGGAGAGAGUUCUGAGGACAGUGAAGGAAGUGUCACUGUGCACUAUGGUCUGGCAGAACAACCAAUGACAAGCCAGCUCAGCUUCUGCCUUAAACCUUCUGGGGACACAGGGCUGGGAAUUCAUAGGCUGGCUGCUUGUUCCUUGAUCCGAUCUCUGGAAAUGGAGCAGAGGGAAAAGAAAGACGAGAGCUUAAGAGUAAAGGUGGUGGAGCUCAGUGUGCAGGUGGGAGUGAGCAGCACUUUCACUGCUUUCCUUGCCGUCCACAAGGGCAGUGGAAAGCCAGUGAAAGGACCACUGGUGAGGAGGACAGUGCCAGUGGCGCAAGCAUGUGGAGGUGAAACUGGCAUGCCUAUACGAUCCACGGGAAGUUCACCUCAGUCCUGGUAUGGAGCAUUACCCUCAUAUGAAUGGGAAUCACUAGCAGGAUAUGAAUACGAAAAUGGUCUAGGAUCCAUGGGAAGUUCACCUCAGUCCUGCUAUGAAGCAUUUGCAGAACAUGAAUAUCAAACUCUUGCAAGGGCAAGGAACGAUCGACAUCAGUCAGGAUCAGUAGCACAGGUCCCACCAUCCCAGAAGGACCCCUACUUGGAGCUGAUCUCUUACCAGAAAGCUGCAGGGUUCUGGGAUUUGGAGACUCGACUUCUUGAUCUACUUGGCAAGGCAGAGAAGAAUCUGGACAAGCAGAUGCCGGCCCAGGUGGACAGUGCGGUGUGGGCCACUGUUCUGGCUCUGAUUUGGCUCCACGGUUUCAGGGCAGAUAAACGUGAAGAGUGGAAGUUUAUUGCCUUGAAGGCCACAUCCUGGAUCCAUUCUCAGAAAGUGGAGAACCUGUCUGAAUGCCUGAAGGCCGGAAGUGCUUUGCUGGGAUGUCAGGUGAAGGAAGGGAAUCUUGGAUUUUGAGCUCCUCCUGCAUGCUGAUGUAUGGCCAUCCACCAGUUACCUCUCCAUUCCUG